AUGGCUCGAAAAUCUACCAGUCGUGGAGCGAGCUUUGGAAAUCCGUCAGUGACCAUGUACAUAGAUGAAGUUAGGAAAAAGAAGCUACCAAAUCCAGGAACAGCCUCUUAUGACACCAUUGAAGUUGCUGAAAAAGACCCUCUUUUUCUGGCAAAACUACAUUUCUACAUGGCCAUCACAAGGACCUUUAGUCCUUUUCUUACCUUCAAUCAAACAGAUGUACCAGUGAUUCCGUUCCUUGCCAAAGACUUGGCUGAGCUGUUGAAGAGUAUGCUGCAGCUGGUUAGACUGGAUGUCACUGACAAGCAGAGCUGGGUCAACCCUAAGGAAGUAAACAUAGGCUUGGGUGCAGAAUCACUCCUUAAGGAACUACUAAAAAAGAAAAAGAUAGGGGAACUUACAGUCCUGGAAUUUAAGAGAGACUGUGUGAAAGUGAUGUCUACUAUCAUCCAGAAAGUACAGGACAAAAGCCCAUUGAAGUAUCCUGUAGUGAGGCAGGUGGCCUGUUUGAACCCCAGCAUGAUGUUUUCUGACCCUGACUGGUGCAUAAGCAGUAUGACAAAACUGGUGCAGAUGUUUUUGCAAGCCCAGCAGUUGUCAGGAGGUGUCUCGGCUGCUGAUGUGAUAAUCCAGCAGUUUAGUGACUUCCUAUCUGUUGAAAAUGAGACCUUGAUCUCAUACCAACCCACAGAGACCAGACUUGACACAUUCCUGCAUGGUGUUCUUGCCCAACGCUAUACUGAGUUAUGGGGCUUUUGCAGCAAACUGCUUCUCUUGUCCCAUGGGCAGGCUACAGUCGAGAGGGGAUUCUCUGUAAAUAAGGAAGUGGAGACCUGCAAUAUGCAGGAAGAAACAAUGAUCACCCAUCGACUGAUAUGUGCUUAUGUCAACAUCUGUGGGGGCGUCCUCAGUGUCCCUAUCUCUAAGGAGUUACUGGCCUCUGCUGCAUCUGCUAGGUCUAGAUAG